GAAGAAGUGAUGCUGAAAAACCAAGGAUGUCGCGGUUCGUGAAACUUUGUACUCGCAGCCGCCGAAUCCGAAGCUUACUCUGUCAGCAACGCCCUUUCUCUUAUGUUGCAGAGGGGGAGAGGGUGGACACAAAACCAAGCUUCAUCCACCCUAGUGCCAUUGUUCACCCAAAUGCUGUCCUUGGCGAGGGUGUUUCGAUUGGACCUUUUUGUUCUGUCAGCUCCUCUGCAAAGCUGGGGAAUGGUUGUCAACUAUAUCCUGGAAGCCAUGUUUUUGGAAGUUCAGAGUUAGGGGACAAUUGCAUGUUGAUGACUGGUGCUGUUAUUGGUGAUGAUUAUCCUGGAUGUACCAUCAUUGGAAGCAAUAACAUAAUAGGAUACCACGCUGUGAUUGGUGUCAAAUGUCAAGACACGAAAUACAAACCAGAGGAUGAAUGUUUCCUGGAAGUUGGGCACAACAAUGAUAUUAGGGAACACACUUCCAUCCACCGAUCUUCAAAAUCAACUGAUAGGACGGUUAUUGGUGAUGGCAAUUUUAUAAUGGGAUCUUGUCAUAUUGCCCAUGAUUGCAAGAUUGGUAACAACAAUAUUUUUGCUAACAAUACUCUUCUAGCUGGGCAUGUUGAGGUGGAAGACUAUGUUCACACUGCAGGUGCAACUGUUGUUCACCAAUUCUGUCAUCUUGGCUCUUUCUCUUUUCUUGGUGGCGGUUCUGUGGUUUCACAAGAUGUCCCAAAGUACAUGAUGGUAGCUGGAGAAAGAGCCGAGCUUCGUGGUCUGAAUUUAGUGGGCCUUACACGACGUGGAUUCAGCAUUUCAGAGAUCAGGAGCCUGAGAACAGCUUACCGAAAAAUAUUCAUGUGUGCUGAUGCAAAUGCUAGGUCUUUUGAAGAAAGGCUCGCCGAAGUGGAGCAGCAUAAAGAAUUGAUUCAUGUUCCUGCCGUGCAUGCUAUGUUACAAUCUAUUCGCAACUCUUUCAUUCAAGAUCGUCGUGGAAUAUGCAAAGUUAGACAGUGGAAUGUCUCUUGAAGCAUUGAGGUAGUUUCUGCUCAACUGCGAAUGCACGUUUAUUACUGUAUAUUACGACAACUCGCCAGAAACCCUCGGAAGAUUGUUUACAGUGAAGUUAGUUUACGGUGGAAUAGUUCUGUUCAUUUAUUAUAAACUGUGGAAGAAUUUGUUGUAUUAAGCGCUCAUUAUGAAUUUUGUAUGUGUACAUAAUGUAUUAAGGAAUGUCUACUCUCAACUCAUUCCUGUGUGUUAAACAAAUUUGGCGUAAAUUAUUAUUUUUUUCUCC